AUGGAGUUUUUGAAGCAACCACAGGCUAUGAAAUUUGAGGGGAACAUUCCUGCAAAUUGGAAGAGAUUUAGAAGCAAUUUCGAAAUAUAUGCGGAAGCCACCGGAUGUUACGCAAAAGGUGACUCAGUUGCAGUAGCCACUUUUUUACAUAUUGUAGGCGAAGAGGCACGAGAGAUUUUUGAGACGUUCGAAUUUGAAAAGGACGACGAGCGAAAGGACAUAAAGAAGGUUAUAGCCAAAUUUGAGGAUUAUUUUGUGCCAAAAGUAAACCCGAGUGUCGAGAGAAAUAAAUUUUAUAACAGAGUACAGGAAAAGGAAGAACCAUUUGAUACGUUUGUAACAGAUCUAAAAAGAAUAGCUGCAGACUGUGCAUUUGGAGAAUUUAAGCAGGAAAUGCUGCGAGAUAGGAUAGUGUGUGGAGUCACAGAUGCAAGAGUAAAAGACAGACUGCUAAGGGAGAAGAAUCUGACUCUUGGAAAAGCUAUUGAAAUUGGUAGAGCAGCAGAAGUAACGGAACAACAUAUGAAGAAGAUGUCAGAAACUCCACAAAAAAUGGUGGAAGAGGUGAAAGAAACUCAAGGAAAGGUCAAAUCCAAUGGGGACAUCAACGGGUCAGCUACCAGGGUAAAAAGGAGCAUCAGAAUGGAAAUAGGACAACUGUGGACUGUUAUCGAUGUGGUCGCCAACACCAACCACGUCGUGAGGAAUGCCCAGCCUCAGGAGCAGUAUCAAAAACCUAGAGACUGGUAUCAAAAGCUUGGUAUUAAAGAAUUUGACUGUGAAAUUAACUUUAAACUUGAUACUGGUGCUCAGGUAUUUGGAUCUUGUAAUCUGACAAUUGUUCACCAGGGUCAAAGCUACACUCUUGAAUUUGUAGUAGUAGAAACAAAGUCAAGUGCAAUUUUAGGGCUUUCAGCACUCAUUGAGCUUAAUUUAGUUAAAAGAAUACAAACACAUUCGACUGUAAAUAACGUGGAAGUUAAUAAAUCGGUAUUAUUGUCAGAAUAUAGUGACGUGUUUGAGGGUUUAGGUCAAAUUAAAAAGAACCCAUGCGAUUUCACAUUAAAAAGUAAUUAUGAGCCGAAAAUAGUACCUUGCAGGAAAGUACCUUUUAGACUCAUGGAUAAGCUAGAAAAUACAUUAAAGAGAAUGAUCAAAGACGAAGUAAUUGUGGAAGUUCGUGAACCGACUGAAUAUGUUCAUCCUAUUGUACUUGUAAAUAAGCCAGACAACGAAGUUCGUAUUUGUCUAGAUCCACAAAAUCUUAACAAUGCGUUGGCCAGAGAGCACUAUGAAAUACCGACAUUUGAAGAAGUUACAAGUGAUAUGUCAGGUUCAAAAAUAUUUUCAAUUCUAGAUGCAAACAAAGGAUUUUGGCAAAUCACUUUGACUGAACAAGCAUCUAAAUUGACAACAUUUGCAACCCCAUUUGGCAGGUUUAAAUUUUUACGUCUUCCCUAUGGAAUAUCCAACGCUCCAGAGAUAUUUCACCGCACGUUCACGGAAAUUUUUCAGGGUAUACCCAAUAUUAAAAUCUACAUUGAUGAUAUAAUUUUAUAUGCUAAAGAUGAAAGGGAACAUGAUAAAAUUCUCAAGUUAGUUUUAAAAAGAGCUAGAGAGUUUGGAGUUAAAUUUAACAAAAGUAAGAGUAAAUUUAAUCAGAAAGAAAUAAAAUAUGUGGGACACAUACUUAGUCGAGAUGGAAUCAGAGUUGAUCCGAGUAAAAUAGAAGCAAUUAAACAAAUCAAACCUCCGAAAAAUUGUAAAGAAUUGUCUCGAUUUUUAGGUAUGAUAACCUAUGUCGCGAAAUUCAUUCCGAAUUUGACUCAAAAAACUAGUAAUUUACGUCAAUUGCUUAGAAAGGAUACCCAUUUUGAUUGGAAUGAGACGCAUGAACAAGAUUUUAAUAGUUUGAAAGAUAUCCUAACUAGUACUCCAGUAUUACAAUUUUAUGAUAAUAAAAAAGAGAUUGUACUGUCAGUAGAUAGCAGUAAAGAUGGAUUAGGGGCAGUAAUAUUACAGGAUGGAUCUCCAAUCGCUUAUGCUUCCAAGUCCUUAAAUGAAACUCAGCAAAACUAUGCCCAAAUAGAAAAAGAAACAUUGGCAAUAGCCUUUGGAUGUCAAAGGUUCCACCAAUAUCUAUAUGGGAAAUCUUUUGUGGUAGAAAGCGAUCAUAGACCACUAGAAACGAUUUUCAAAAAACCACUAAAUAAAUGUCCUCUAAGAAUCCAAAGAUUGAGAAUAACUUUGCAAAUGUACGAUCUAGUUGUAAAAUAUAAGUCUGGUGCUAAAUUAUACUUUGCAGACACACUGUUUAGAACCCAUUAUGAUGAUAAGAAUUUUGAAGUCAUAGAAAAUAACGUAGAGUUACAAGUCAACUUUAUUAAAUAUGCGGAAAUUAGCCCAGAGAAGUUUGAAACGUUGCGAAAUGAAACAGCCAAAGAUUUUGAGUUACAAAUACUGAAAGAAUUCAUUAUAGACGGAUGGCCGACAGGGAAAGGAAAUUUACCGGAUGUAAUUAAACCAUACUAUAAGUUUCGACACGAAUUAACAGUAAUGACGGAUUUAAUAUUUAAGAAUGAUCAGAUCGUGAUUCCUAAAUCCAUGCGUAAAGAAAUUAUUGAGAAACUGCAUUAUGUGCAUUUAGGAAUAGAAAAAACAUGUAAUAAAGCUCGUGAAUUAGUGUAUUGGCCAUUAAUGAUCACAUAA